AUGGCCCAAGCAACAAACAAGUCCCUCAGGGAACGACUACAAUGUCCCAAAGACGACGGCUCCAACUACGACAACACCACGUGGUGCAACCGCGAUCUGAUUCCCAUUCCUCGUGAAAGACGCACCUAUGGCUUCGUUUCGUACAUGGCAUACUGGACCGUGUCGGGCUCCAACAUUUCCGCAUGGACCGUCGGCAGCACGCUGCUGGCGUUUGGCCUCACUCCGCAACAAGCCAUUGCCGCGGUUGUCGUGGGCGGCAUCAUCACCGGUCUUCUCGCCGUGGCGUGCGGCUGGAUGGGCGCCAAACAGUACAUUGGCUACACGGUUUCUAGCCGCUUCUCCUGGGGAAUGAGAGGAUCGUACUUCCCCGUCAUCUUGCGCGUCUUCAUCGCGUCCAUGUGGUUUGGCAUGCAGGCAUUCUGGGGUGGCCAGGCCACUCGAGUUUGUAUCGGAGCCAUUAUCCCCGGCCUCGCCCAUCUCCCCAACUACUUCUCCGCCAGCUCCCACCUCGAAACAAAGGACUUUGUCGGGCUCAUCAUUUGGAUGUGCGCCUUUAUCCCGGCCAUCUUGAUCCGCCCCGAACGACUGCAGGUUCCGUUUGCCAUCUGCUUCGUGCUGUUUUGCUGCACCACCUUUGGUCUACUCAUAUGGUCCGUCAGCCAGGCCCAUGGGCCCGGAGCCAUGUUCCACGAGCCCGGUGCCGCUCCCAACGUGGGAUGGGCCUUCAUGUUCAGUUUGACCGCCAUCCUGGGCGCCUGGGGAGGAGGAACGCUGGGCCAGUCGGAUUGGACUCGCUAUGCCACGAAGCAAAUGGCGCCCGUGCCAUCGCAGCUCAUUGCUUCGCCCUUGACCAUUACCGUGACGGCCGUCAUCGGCAUCGUCGUGACCAGCGCCGCGCGAGAUGUCCUCGGCGGCGAGGUCAUCUGGAACCCCAUCUACCUCCUUGCCGCCAUGCAAGAGUACUACGGCUCCAACUCUGGCGUCCGCGCCGGCGUCUUCUUUGGCGGAUUGGGUCUCGUGGCCUCCCAACUUGCGAUUUCCGUCGUGCUCAACGCCAUGUCUUGCGGCAUGGACAUGGCAGGCCUUUGGCCGCGGUACAUCAACAUUCGACGCGGAGCCGCCAUCAUGGCUGUCAUUGGCAUUGCCAUCCAGCCAUGGCAACUCCUCGCUACUGCUGCCAAAUUUCUCCAGGUCCUCAGCGGCUUCGGCGUCUUUUUGGCCCCCUUGACCGGCAUCAUGCUUGCAGACUACCAUAUUGUCAGGCGGCGCAAGCUCAAGGUCAAUGACCUAUAUCGCGGAGACAGUUCCUCCAUCUACUGGUACCAUGGCGGGUUCAACUGGCGUGCACCCGUCGCCUUCUUCAUGGGCGCGUGGCCUAUGCUUCCCGGUCUGGUCGCCUCUGUCGACUCCCUCACAGAUCCUAGCUGGGUGGCUUGGACCCGACUUUACAACCUGACCUUUAUAGUUGGUCUAGCCAUUGGCUUUGUUGUCUUCUUGGGGCUGAACCUUGCAUUCCCUCCCCCCGGGCUGGGUCAGGAGGCAGAGUUUGAGCCCAUCCAUGACAGCAGGCCGGAAUCAUUCGACGGCCCAGGCCAUGCGCCAUUUGACGGCCACCAUGGACAGCAGGAGAAGACGGCACCAGUCUAUAUCGUCUAG